AUGGAUGAGCUCGUGCAUCAUUGUCUCCGAGAGCUUUCGUUCGACGGCGAUCUUGGUUGUAAUGUUUCCCGCUUGCGAGAUUUCAUCGUAGGAUUCCAUAGUCACGACGCCACCCACCCACAAGUCGUCGACGAUGCUUUUUGCGCGUUUGUCUGGUCCAUAGUCGUCCAGCAGCCCACUGUUCGCGUUGGUACAGUUCCUCCGGGCGUAUCAUCUGAAGUGCACGUCGCUCCUCAGACGAGCGCAAAGCGUAAGGCGGCAGCUAAGGGCGAGGUGCUUGUCGAAGAAGCCCCACCGUCACUCACCCUCGUUGAGAAUGCACGCGAUAGGUCAUUGGAGGACUUAAAGGCAGAAUAUGGCGAGGAUCUUAGGAUUGCUGUUGAUCCAGAGACUUCUUUUGCUGCAAUCACAGGAUCUCAUAUCAGAUCCUCGAAACUCAGUCCAAUGGUUUACAGUGCUUUGCAAUUCAUCACAAGAGGUCGCGAAGAAGGUGUAUCAACUGUCGAGCUCGGACGUAAGACAAAGUACGACCAGAAAACGUGCUUUUAUGUCAUCAAACAACUGCUGGAGCUUGGCUUAAUUAUCAAAGCACGGCGAGGAGGUGUUGGCAAUCACUCCUGCAUUCACAGAUAUUUUGUGGAGCGUAGCGCGUUCUGGCAACAGAUUCAGCAAGAGGAAGCCAAAGAUGACGAACCUAUUGUUAUUGGAGAGUGUCAUCCGCAGGACGCAACUUCUGUUGAAGAUGGGACUCCCUUUGCUGCAUCAGAACUCGAAUUUGAGCCUGUGGAUGCCAGACAUCUGUCUAGUCUUCCACUAAUCAAAAACCGAAUCGUCAAGUUGCUGAAGGCGUCGCCGAACAAUAUUCAUGCGUCAAAUAACUUAAUUAUCACCAUCGGCUUUAUGGAUCCAACCAAAACCGACCGUCGCUUCUUUGAAACUCGUCUGCGAGAGCUGAUUGCGCAAGGAGUGAUAGAACGUGUGUUGGUUCCGAGCUUCAAAGUCAAAGACAGGCAUGUCAAGUGCAUACGGCUUGUUGCUCCAGACAGUCAGCUCUCAGAGGGUGGUGUUAUUCUUGCCCCUCAGGAAGGCGAGGAGGAUGACAAGGAAAUCGUGCUUGAGGAUACAUCUGCUGGUUACACUGAGGUCAGGGCAAACCGCACAAUCCAGAAACAAGUGUCAGAUGUGCUUGAAGAAGCAGGACCUUCCGGUAGAACUCUCCGUGAAAUUUGCAGCGCUCUUGGAAAUUUCGAUAGACGCACUAUCGAACUUCUGCUAACUAGAGCAGUCAAGAGUCGCCCUCCCGCUCACCUCAGCGAUCUCGGGACAGCGGACUUCAUGGAGUCGUUUGGGCGGGAAAGACGACAUCGAUAUUACACUGUUGCGGCAUAUACAACUAUCAUGGCCAGCGAAAAGCUUGAUGAUACGACAACAUCAUAUGCUAACAUUGAUCUCUCAAAAGCCGGUGAUUUUGCCAUGUUCCAUGAGGCGAUGUUUUAUGAUGACGAUGAAACUCUCCACCACUAUGAAGACAUGUUCAAAGGCAAGGAGGGCAGAGUGAAGACAGGAGCUAAGAAGCGUAAAAGGCCAGAAACAGAAGAUCCAGGAGAUGACGAAGCGGUUGAGGGUACGCCAGAACCUGUCCCAAAACCCAAAAGGGGCCGCCCACGGAAAAAGCCACGUGGUGAGGAGGAUGGCAUCUCUAUCCCUCCGAAAAAGCGUGCUCAACCUCGCAAAAAUCCAAUUGCUGAGGAGGGUGAUGGGACUUCGACGGUACCUAAGGUUCCCAAAAGACGAGGCCGUCCACCCCGACAGAAGCCCGAUGCUGAACCAGCCGUUUGCCAUACCGAAGUUCCAAGGAGCGCCAAUGUGCAAGCCGCGGUAUCGCGUCUGUCUGAUGGCGUUGCGCUUACAACCGACACUGGUGACCUGAUGGAAUAUCACGACGGGCUUGUGGCAGAGGGACCAAAAUCCCAGCAAUCUUGUAGAAAACCCAAACCCACAAUUCGCGAGAACGGUGCUUCCUCUAGCCCGAGUGUGGUAGAAGGACUACCUGGUGGAAGUUCUAAUGAUCGAAUCGAUGAAUCGGAGGUCGUUCGUAUCCCACCGCAAGUAGUGGAUGGUUCAAGGACCGAUAGAUUAUUCGUCAUGGAUAAGCGCCCUUCUGAACCUAUGAUUAUCGAUCCUGCGCUGCUGAGGACGUCCUCUCGCUCGCGGAUUAAGCCUAGUGACAAGCUCAAAACAAAUACGAACAUAUCCCAUUUACGCCGCGAGAACGAAUUUUUUCGGGUAAUCCAAGACUUUGGCGGCAUUGUAAAUCUGCACACAAAACAUUUUUUUGAUGCUCAUAUCGCUCUGCUCAAUGACAUAGCUCACCGCGGAGAACCUGCGAGUGCACCCUCAGGAACUCGUAUUGACAAGAGAACCGCAGACGCUACCAUAAAGAACAUGGAAAGCCGUGGCCGCGUCAAAGUCCUCAAAACCACUGUAUUCUCUGUCACCGGAAGUACUCGGCCUGCCUCCCUUGUAUAUCUCCCAGACACGCCUCAAGAGAAAAUCAACGCGUUUUUACAUCAUCUGAGCCACACUACCCCAGUUCCCAGUGUUCGGCCUGUCAAGACAUUUGAGGAGCCUGUGGAUUUUGGAGCUUCGAGCAGCGUUUCGCACAGCACCACUCUACCGCUUCAUCUACUGCAGAUGGAGAAAUCCGGGCAAGAUGAUGCUGGACAUCAGGUCCUUGACACUGCCAAGGCGGAGGAACUUUUCUCAUAUGACCCUGAAACGAUCCGUGACGUACUACUUACGGAGAGAACUACGGUAGCGCAGUUAUAUGGCUUCAGAGUUGGCAAAGCGGCUCGGUUGCGGGACUUUCACGUCUUUACCCUUGGGUUGCUCGAACAACAUUCUUCGCCCCGUAUUGCAUCUCGCGAGCAUUCCAUGAUCGACAUCUCCUUGUACCAGUUCGACGUUCCCAUUGCUACUUAUUGCUCGUUCAUUGCCGUUCUCAGUUACGAGGAAGAGCUAUCAAAGCUCAUAGCCUCCGUGGAGGGUAAAGAAACACUAAUCGGAGACCUACCGAACCAUAUAUCAGCAAAGCUGCAGGUGGGAAAGUUGCAUUCCAAAUCUCGCGUUCUAGAACUCUUAGAUGCCCUUCGACUUCUUGGACUUGUGACUCCUUACGAACCAUCCACGGAUGACAAUGCGGAUUUCACAUGCACACUCUCUGAUGGCCGGACAGUUCCACUCAAGGCAGCCGCUUUUGACGGGUGGCGAGUAUCCGCACCAUCUGCCGCGCCCCAAUAUUGGCGCUUCAAUGAAACAGCACCGUUACAUCUCUGGGCUCUUUCAGAUUCUUCUCCGUCCUACUGGAGGCAUGUCUCUGUGAAAUCUCGUUGUAAUGGUGUAGCUUUUUGGGAUGAGCUGCAUAAAGUUUGUCGAGAUGUCGCUUACGCACGAAGCGCUGUUUGUCCAACGCACGGCACUUCGGGACCUCCAACAAACACAUCUCUUCUGCGGUUCCUUCGCCGGAGAGCAUCCUGGGACUUGGAAUACCGCCUUACCUGGCACCAGAAGCGUUAUCUAGACCAAUCUGUAGACCGCACCACGGCCCGCAGUCCACUUGACGACGAGGAUAUUGACUCACAGCUGCAGCAGAUUUGCCAUGUUCUUAGCGCUCCACGUGCGCCUGUUGUUGCCUACCUCAAAGAAGCUACUGAAAAGGUUCUACGUGAAAUGAAGAAAGCACGAGCGAGGCAGAAACGAGACGGGGAAGUGCAUGGUGCAAUGCAAAACGUUGAAGCCAAAACCAUGCUUCAGAAGAAGGCCGAAGAAGCAAAGCUUCAAAGGGAAAGCGACUGGGAAGCUCUGCUUCAGCGCGUGCAUCCUGGACCUCUUAAGGGGACCAUUGGUAUCCGGAUUCGAGCUGUUCACAGUCGCUUCAUACAAUCUAGCUCGAUCAGAGACAAAGAUCGAUGGCAAAGUGAAAUUGAAAACGCCAUCCGGGAGGCUCGACUGGCUUCAAACAAGGUUAUCGCAAGGCCGAAGGCACUUGCGGCCACGCGUCUCGCGGCUUUACCUCCUGUUGCAGCCAAUCCUCCUGAGAAAUCAGUGCAUUUUCUCAUAGCUCAGCAAGGACCACCUAUUCUCGCGCAACAAAUAGACAAGUCGAGAGGAAAGACGCCACACCAGAGGCGCUCUAGAUUCCACUGGACUCGAGAAUACGAUGAGCUCGCCCGUGAUGCAUCUGCUGUAAUUCGUGCUCGAUGUCGCAGUGGGGUCAAGAUCGAUCUUUCAGCUCUCGACCAAGUGUUUCCUGCUGUGCCGCGUAAUUCUGUCCGCCUCCGCCUCUCACAUCUCCGAGAGAAUACUGGUGAAGAAGUGUAUAUGGCGCGCCUCGAGGACCGAUGGCAUGACCUUUGGGUUCAGCAUAGGGGUACCGAGCACCUUCCCGACGAAGAUCCUCAAAGCCCGUCGAACUUUGACAUAGUAAAUCACAUAGAGUUUCUUCGGAAACAUGUUGAUAAGAAUGCCCUGAGAGUUGGUUAUGUUGAGCAUACAACGCGAACGAAGCUACCAGCAUCAGUGGAUGACAUCAUACAACAUUUCGAUGUGCUUUGCAACGCACCUAUUUCUCCUGCUUGGGAAUUUGUGUGGCAAGCUGCCGUCGAAGAAGGUCGAGAAAAACAGUUUCUCCGACAGUCUUUCACUCAUGCACCAGACGAUGUUCCAUAUGUCACUAACACGAGUGAUGAUGUAGUUCAAGUCGCGGAAGCUGCGCUAAAGAUGGUUUUUGGCAUGUCUAGCGAACAUUACGACGCUGAUUUGGCAGCGGAAAUGCUCCACAGUGUAGGUGAUCAGUCUGUAUCCCUCGCAACCUCCAACCUUUUGCGCCGUGGAGUCCUGUCAAAGGUGGUUCGUGAUCCCAAAAAGAUGAAGCCGGGACGUACAUUGAAAAUAUCAGAAGUCAACCUAAACGCCAUCGGAGGCUCGAUACAUGGAGACUUAUUUCAAGACGCUGUCGCUCUGGAUGAGGUAUUUGCAGAGCAAGUUGACAGCCUGGAAUGGCCCUUGUUGGCUUCUGAUGGUGACAUCGCAGCACUACUCCAGCUAGUGUCAGAGGAGCAGGUCAAUUUCAUCAUAGAUACAGCACAGUCGCGAAACGCUCGAACAAAGCUUGACUGGAACAGCAAAAAAGCAGAUGAUAAUGAUAUCGAGACUAGCAUCCAAGUCCGCUUGAAUCCACUCGAUGGAGACGAUAACGAAGGCAGUGGAAACGCAAUAUUACCUUCAUAUGAGUCAAGCUUGGGCCCUACGAACACACCACUCGACGAGAUCAAGCAACACGGAACAACGGUCACCGGAGCUGACGCUGCUUGUGCUGAGAAGACACAAUCAAGAAUUGUAGAUUGCGUGCUAUGCACUGAGUCGACAUUUUCCAAGUUUGUCGCUGGUCUGGAUGGCGAACAACGAAUACUGGCUCGAAACAUUUUUGAUCGAGCUAAUGCGUCACCAGAAUCAGGUUCAUCAAAGUCGCACUACCUAGCUUUUGGUGCUGGUGAUGUGGUCAUGGACCUGUUACAACGAAUGUCCCAAACAUCCCCACCCCUAAUUCUGUGGGCUGGAUACUCUGCGCCAGUCAUCAUUUCCUGCCUUCAUGCUCGUCCUUGGACAGUGGAGAUUAUGAAGGAACCAAAAACUCUUGCCUUACCUCGACGUUGGCUAGAUAUCCGUGGUGGUACAAUACGAGAGACCUGGAACGCUAUCUUACACGCUGUGGUGGGCAUCGUUUUUUUCCAUCCAGGAAUUUCUCAGACCGAGCUGCGGUGGAGGCUUAGGGCAGUAUGUGACCGACAGGAAUUCAUAGACAUCCUAUGCUUCUUGUAUCGUGAAGAGGCCAUUUACGCACAAGUUGGUACAGCAUGUCCACCUGGCACUGUCUGGCCGGCAACAUUAGAUGAUGGGGAGGAACAGCAGGUUUUCUGGUUCAUUGGCAAGAACAAGUAUUGGUAUCAAGUCUAA